AUGUACGCUGCUGUGGACGCAGUUUCCAGGGCUAAGGGUCGCAAAUGCUCUAGUCAGGAACUGGAGGACCGGGACCAUGGGCGGGACCUGCAGUCUGGUGCAUCUCUUGCUUCAAGAUUUGCCCAUUUCCAAAUUUCGGGAGCCAAGUUCUAG